GUCAGAAAGUCCAAGGAGAUGGACGAAAGUAUUGAUGAUGUGCAAGAGACCAGAACAAUCGCUAUUCCAUUGAAAGACAGUCACGAAGAUGAAGUAAUUGAAAUCAACUGCUCCGAGCUCCCCGAUGGCGAAGAAGUCCUUCAAAUUUUGGAAGCAGAAGAAGCAAAGUUAUCGUAUUGGAUUGAAGUUGCUCUCGAAUAUUACAGACAAGAUCGUGUUGAUCUAUUCAUGAUGAUUCUAGAAUCUGCUGGAUCUCGUGCUGGAUUGGAGUAUGAAGGAGUAAAACAGGAUCAAAUGAGAGCAUUGGAUAUACUUGCUGCCUACUGGAUGACUCAAGGUUACAGAGAGAAGGCCAAGGACAAGAAAAGUGAUUUCUUCUCGAAAGCUACAGUUCUUUUCAACACAGCCGAUAAAAUUGCGAUGUAUGAAUGGUCUCACUUGACAGUUCGUGCUUGGUUUUAUCUUUUUGAACGAGAUAAAAGUACAAACAAGUAUGAACUUGCUGAUCAACAAUUCAAUUAUGUCGUUAAAACCAAUCCGAAGAAUGUGCUCCCGUUGAUUGGAAAAGCUGUAAUCGCAUUCAAUAAAAAGGAUUAUAAAACUGCAAUCUAUUACUUUCGAAAAGCAAUUCGACAAUGUCGUCACACAAUCGCAGAUCUUCGAGUCGGAAUCGGUCACUGCUUCGCUAAAAUGGGAAUGAUGGACAAAGCGAAAACGGCAUUCGAAAGAGCCAUGGAAAUUGAACCAUAUAAUGUAUCGGCCAUGUGUGGUUUGGGAAUUAUUCUGUUGAACACGUACGACCAUGACAGCCUCAAACACGCAGUCAGUUUGUUUGGAAGAUCUUAUAAUUUACAAACUGAUCAUCCAGUUGCUCUUAUUCAUCUUGCUAAUCAUUUCUUUUUCAAAAAAGAAAUUGAGCGUGCAUGGACACUUGCCUGGCAUGCAGCAACGUAUAAUGAUUGUGAUUCGAUAAAAGCUGAAGCUUUCUAUCAAAUGGGAAGAUGCAGGCAUGCACAAGGGCAAUUUGACGGUGCUUAUAAGUACUACUACCAAGCUCGACAAGCAAACAAUGGAGAGCACACCCUUGCUCACUAUGGACUUGGUCAAAUGUACAUUCAUCGAAAUGAAAUUGAAGAAGCAAUCAAAUGCUUCGAUACUGUUCAUAAACGAUUGCCAAACAAUACAGACACGAUGAAAAUUCUUGGAAGUCUAUAUGCUCAUGUUCAGCUAAACGAUCCGGCACAAACAGCAGAAGCACGGCAAAAGGGACGGGAUGUUCUUGGAAAAUAUCUGGCAGUUGAAAAUGAUGACUAUGAAGCAUGCAUCGACUUGGCUCAACUUCUCGAAGCAACAGAUCCAAAACGAUCUCUGGAAUUGUAUGAAAAUGCAAUCGACUUGCUUGUAACAAAUGAGAGUAUUCAACCACAACCCGAAAUGCUCAACAACGUCGGUGCUUUGUAUAUGUCAAUGAAGCAAUAUGAAAAAGCUGAACAUCACUUCAAAAGAGCUAAAGAACGUCUUGAAGAACAAUUGAAUACUGAUGAAGGGUCUCUACUUUUAGAACGUAGAAGUGCUCCUGAAAAAUCGCACCUUCUCACAAUUCGUUACAAUUUGGCUCUGUGCUUGGAGCAUCUUUGUCGUACUGUUGAAGCCGAACAAAUGUACAAGGAUAUUGUGAAAGAAUGUCCUGGAUAUAUUGAUGGAUAUCUUCGUCUUGGAUGUAUCACUCGUGAUCGUCAUCAAGUCUAUGAAUCGUCUUUGUGGUUGAAACAAGGCGUUCAAUUUGAUCAAGCAUCACCAAUUGUUUGGACUCUUAUUGGAAAUCUUCAUUUUGCAAAGAAUGAAUGGAUGCCUGCCCAGAAGAAGUUUGAAUUCAUUUUGUCGAAGAUUUUCAACAACAAAAUUCCUGAUCCAUACUCGCUGGUAGCUCUUGGUAAUGUGUGGUUCGAGCAGCUUCUCAAUCCAUCAAGGAAAAAGGAAGAUGAGAAAAAGUACAUUGACCGAGCUCUCCAAAUGUAUCAAAAAGCAUUGAAACUUCAACCAAAAAACAUGUAUGCUGCAAAUGGAAUCGGAUGUGUGCUUGCUUAUAAAAGAAACUGGAAUGAUGCUCGAGAUGUUUUCAGUCAAGUUCGCGAGUCUACCAGUGAAUUCUACGAUGUCUGGCUCAAUAUAGCUCACGUUUGCAUGGAACGAGAGCAAUGGAUGGCUGCUGUUCAGAUGUAUUCGUCUGCGAUGAAAAAAUUUCGAAAGGAGAAUGACUCGACAUUGCAACACUAUCUUGCAAAGGCCUAUUACCGAGCAAAUAUGUUGAAUGAAGCCAAGGAAGCACUUGAAUGUGCAAUGCUUGAUCAAUUGGAUAAUACCCAAUUGAAAUUUAACUAUGCUAUUGUAUUGAAGAAAUCUGCAAAAGAAGUACUUCGAGGUCACAAAAUGACAUCAGAACAAGUGACUGCGGCUAUAGAUGAUCUCAAAUUCGCCGACAAAAUUUUCCAAUACAUCUCUAAAAAUGAUGAUCGUCAAUCGAGCCAUACUGGAAUGCGAAUAUCGAGAACAAUCUGCGCAGAAGAAGCUAAAAAUUGCAAGGAUUUGUUAACUCAAGCAAAGCAUAAAUUAGCAGCUGCACAGACUCAAGAUGAAGAAGAACGUCGUCUUAUGGAGAAGCAAGAGAAAGAGAAGAUAGCAUUGCAGAACAAGAUGAUUGAGGAAGCUCGUGCUAAGGAAGAAGCUGAAAAACAGAAGCUCGAAGAUAUGAAGAAUCUUAGAUUAUCAUUCAUAGAAAUGACAAAAGAUGUUCUCAGACUUCCAGAAAUUGUCGAAGAAAAGAGAAGAGGAGGUGGUGGACGGAAACGACGAAAUGAUGAUGGUGAUGAGUUUGUUAAUGAUAGUUCUGAUGCUGGAAAUUAUGAUGGAGAGGAAGGAGGUGAAGAUGGUGAACGAAGAGAACGAAGGAAGAAGGAUAAGGCAGCAAAGAAGGCAUCCAGGAAGAAGAGAGAACGUAGAGAUAGUGGUGGACCUGAUUCGAACAGAAGAGAUGAGAAAAAGAGAAAGAGGAAGGAAGAGAGGGAUCGAAAACUACAGGAGAAGCUCUCAGCAAAACAAUCAGCAAAGAUAAAAUCUCGUGCAUUCUUAUCUUCAUCGGAAUCUUCUGAUGAUGACAAACCAAAGCCUGCUGCUGAUUCAUCGGAUGAUGAGGUUGAUCCGCGGCCGCCAGUUGAUGAGUUUGAUAGUCCAACCCGAACUGACAGUGAUAGUGAUCGUGAGACAACUACAAAAAAGAAAAAGAAGAAGGCUGUUGUGGAUUCUGAUGAAGGAUCAGUCUCCGGAUCUGGCUCUGGAUCGGAUAAUGAUGAUAAGCCAAUUAUUGGAGGUUCUGAUGAUGAUGAUGAUGAUAAACCUGCUGGUGGAAACUCCAGGGACAGUGAUGGAAGUGAUGCUCCGAAAAAGAAGGUUAUCGAGAGCGACAGCGACUGAACCAAUUUUUUUUAAAUUUAAAGUUUUUAUUUAUUUUUGUUGUUCACAAAUGUUUUAUUUGUACUCUUUGUAAAUCUAGCAUCUUGUGCUCGUUCUCACAAUACAUUCUCCCGUUUUUAAUCACCGAGUCCAAGACUUUCAAUCUUUGACAUGAAUUCAUUUAUCAAACAAAU